AUGGCGGACAAUCAAGAAAAGGGGCAGAAGACGAAAUCGAAAACAAAAGCGACCCAAAAGGACGUUUGGGCUGAUGAAGGGAUUGACAUGUUGUUGGAUAUAUUUAGUUCUGAAACUAUCCAAAGCUCCUUAGAGGCUGCGAGGUCGCCAAAAGACAAAAACUCUAUUUAUCACGAGGUGAAAGUUCGACUUGAAAGCAAAGGUAAGCUAAGCUGUUCGAUCAUUCCAUUUUACAAUGUAAAAGACUAGACUAAGCUUAAAAGUAGCAUGGUUCUCACUUUCAGUAGCUUAUUAAAUGGAUAUUAUGACUGCUUCAUCUAACACGAGGUAAUUUGUUUUAUUGAUAUCAGGUAUCUAUAAGGAAGUAACUGCGAUUACUAAUAAGUUGAAAAAGCUCCGCUUGAAGUACAGGCAGGAAAAGGAUAAGUUGAAGAGAAGCGGUACUUCUCGACUGAAAAAG